UCGACUACGGCGAGCGGCGAGCAGCAGAAAGAGCCCGUGCCGGUGGGGGGCUAAGAGCCCCCUGCUUUUCCCUGCAGAGCCGGGGGCAGCAAGGGUUCAAUGAUCAUUCAGAAUCUGAAGUGGAGGAAGCUGCAUACCACCACCUGCUGAACCACCUGAGGACCACACACGUAUAGUUGAAUCCCCAUCAUCACUGGAUGAGUUAACUGGCGUGGAAGGACCAGCAUCUACAGCCCAGCUAUAUGUAGUGGAAUUGCCAGUGUCUGCAGACCAGCUGGCUGUCAAGAAACCACCACGUGCUGAGCACCACUUCGUGCUCAUUGUAUAGUCUGCAUCCAAGGAAAGCUCACCUGAGAUCACCUGUGGGUAAACUUCCAGGUUCCAAAGUCAAGAUGUACACUUCUGAAUCCACACAGGAUGGCAGUAACGCUAUUGAGACUGUGUUGUCAGCAGCAGAGAUUACAUUUGAAUCAUUGGAGAAUCCAGAGGCUUUUGGAGACCCCUAUCAAGUCGCCAUGAAUUAUGUGGAGGAACAUAAAAUUCUACAGAUAUUUCAGGAUAUCACAGAAAAACUGCUGAUCCAAAAGCCUGAUGACCCCUUGCAGUUCAUAUUGCAGGAGAUUGAAUACAGCUGUCUCACCCUCAGUCAUCACUGUUGGACACUGAUCACUCUGCUUUUUGAGGUUGCCCUGCCUAUAUCAUUGUUACAUGAAGAAUUAAAGAUGGCAAAAAAUGAUGAUUGUGUACAUAUCUUGCAGGGUCUGUUAGUCUUUGGGAAUGUGGUCAUUGGGAUGUGCGGCAUUGCCCUGACAGCAGAGUCUAUCUACUUUGUGUCUGGCUCCCAUGAUCUCAACCCUCUGCUGAAAGCCACAGUAAACAGUGACAUCUACGCUGCUGCCUGGAUUGGCAUCUUUGUUGGCCUUGCACUCUUUGCCCUGUCUAUCCUUGGUAUCAUUGGCGUCAUUAAGGCCAGCAGGACCUUGCUGCUGGUGUACAUCAUUCUGAUGCUGAUCACCUUUGCAUUUGAAAUGGCUUCUUGCAUCACAGCAGCGACUCACCAAGACUCCCUCACUCCAGAGCUCUUCCUGAAGCAAAUGCUGGAGAGAUAUCAGAAGUCAGAGCCAGCCAAUAACAGCGACAAUGAGGUCACAAAGACAUGGGAUGAACUCAUGCUUCAGAACCACUGCUGUGGGAUUCUGGGCCCCUCCGACUGGCAGAAGUACACGUCUGCCUUCCGCCACAUGCACAGUGAUGCUGACUACCCCUGGCCACGGAUGUGCUGCGUCCUGGAUGCACAAGGGCUUCCCAUCAACCUCGAUGGCUGCAAACUUGGAGUGCCUGGCUACUAUAACAGCAAUGGUUGUUAUGAUGCUAUUUCUGGGCCACUGAACACACAUGCCUGGGGUGUUGCCUGGUUUGGCUUUGCCAUCCUCUGCUGGACUUUCUGCGUCCUUCUUGCCACCAUGUUCUACUGGAGUAGAAUUGAAUACUGAAGGCCCGGUGUCCACAGUGGUGUCCUGAAAAGCCAUGUGAAACUGCAUUUGUUUGCCUCCCUCACUAUUCUCCAUGGAGGAUUUGAAGUUUUCCCACUACCUCUCCUAUUUAUACUUUUGCGCCUCCAAAAACUUGACACAAAGAACUGAUGACUGCAGGAAAGAAUCUUCUUGUCCCUGCUUUGCCCCUUGUUCUGCAGCCUUAAUGCCUCCUGGCUGAGGCACAAUCCUUCUUUCACUGUGCAAGAAAUUAUGGAGCAUAAGAUGAGAAAAAAAGUGAUCUGAUUUGUUCUCUGAUGACAUCAGAAAAGAAAAUGUCCAUAUACACUUGCUCCAGAAAAAUGUCUCUCUAAAAUUAGUUUGAAUUACAAUGCUCCGGCAAGGGCUGUGUGAGCAAAGUUGUAACCUCUUGUGACCGAUAAGGACGGAUGUUGCAAGGAGGAAGACUGCAGACCUAUAUAUUAUAUUUUGCUGUUCAACUUCUCUUGCUGGUCAGUGUCACCUUGGCCUUAGAAUAAGGCAGAUUCUCUGAGCAUUUAAGUGCGUCAGCAAUAAAAACAUGUCACAGAUAAAAAGUCAGUUGCUAGUCAAGCCUAAAAAAAGGCUAGCAUACUCCUCAGCAAUAUGCUACCUAUAUGCUAGGCUACCUCCUGUCACUGUUGAAACUACUGCAUGUGAUCCUACCUUCAGAAGUGCCACUCCAGGAAAAGCUUCCCUUGCUAACAAGCAGCUCCUUCAAAAAAGCUGUUACGUACUUCACACAAGAUUUCAAACAUCUACAGGCUAGAAUUUGUGCAGAAUACAAAGGGUUCUGUGCUGUAGUUGUCUUUACAAACAUGGCUGUCCCAUGUUCCUGGUUUAUUGUACUUCUUGCUUCAGCUACCUGUGUGUAGAUGGUCACUGUGCUGUUUCCCUUCACAUCCCAGGUAGGGCAAAAAGCGAAAAAUGGCCAUGAGUAACUCUUGUGAAAAAAAUACAAACAAGGAGCUAACUGAACCAAACCCAGUCCUUUCAUCAUCACUUGCAGUUUUCACUCUGUUCAGUAAAGGCUGUUUACCUUGGCCCAGACUGAGCUGGUGUUUUUCCUAGUGAAUGCUUCAGUAGUUAGAUGUAUUGUGAGAAAUCCGCUCCUAGAGCAUAGAGUGUUUCUUAGAGCAACAUAGAUUGUUUUAAGUGAAGCCUCUUCCAAAAAUGUACUGGUUCGGGUCCUGUUGCUUGCCAUCUACUUUGAUUAUUUGUUUUUGUAUAUUCACCAAAAUACUGAUUAAAAAGAAGUGGAAGUGAA